AUGUGUUUUAAUUUUGAUUCCUUUGAUUUUCUAGAAUGCAUAGUUUGUUUCAAGAGGGGGCAUACCGCCCAAAAUUGCGAGUACGCAAAGCGUGCCGCUGCGGCGGCCACAGAUGCUGCCGCUGAGGCUUCAAAGAGAGCAGCCAGGGCAGAGAAAGCCGCAAAAGCGGCCAUCUCUCUGGCAAAAAAAUUAAGGGAGGAGGCUGCCCUGGCUGCUCAGCAGCAGCAGCAACCGCAGCAACCGCAACCGCAACAGCAGCAGCAGCAACCGCAGCAACCGCAACCGCGACAGCAGCAGCAGCAACCGCAACAGCAACAGCAGCAACCGCAACCGCGACAGCAGCAGCAGCAACCGCAACAGCAGCAGCAGCAACCGCAACAGCAGCAACCGCAGUACUUAAAUUUAUACUCAAAAUAA